AUGGCGUCGCGCGACAUAGUCACAUCAAAGGCAUCUUUUUCAUUUGUACAGACAUUGCUAAAGGCUAUGGCGGGGAAUUUUUAUGUUUGUAUGGCCAUAUACCUUCAGAUAAUGGUUAAACCACUUCAUGUGAAAUUUCUCAUGAUGCUAUUACCUGUGUUUUCCUUUGUUUCACUUGGAUUUACCCACUCUGUAGCAGAUAUGACUGUGCUAAUAAUUGGGAAGAUUAAUGGUGCGCCAAUUCCUAUGAAGGAGCUCGUAUGGAAAGUAUUUCUUCCAGGAGCAUUGGGGAACAUGAUUGGUGGCUCCUUUUUUGGGAUAGUUAUAUGUUGGUAUUUACAUUUAUAUGUUGUCGAAAGGGAUAAAAAGGAAUUGAACUUGCCAGAAUACGAGUUUAGAGAUGAACAACCAGAAUUGAAUCAAGAUUCAAGAGUUGUUAGGCAGAAGAAACCAAUAUAUGAUGAAGAUGUGGUUCUAAAUGAAACAGACCCCGAAGAACAGUAUGUUGAUGAACAACCUGAAUUAAAUCAAGACUCAAGAGUUGUUAGAAGAAGAAAACGACGACCACAUUUCAACGGAAAUUAUGUUGAUGAUGUUGACAAUGAACAGUUGCUUGAGGAAAAGGAAAACGUAAGUCCUCCUGAAAGUUCUUUGAGCUCGGAAAACGGUGGAGAGCAAUAUAACCCAGUCCCAUUACUUGACAAAGUAACCACGAACUUGUCAAAAAUAAAAACUCGUAACACUAUCAAUAGUAUGUCGUCACUGAAGUCAGCAAGAUCUCCCAAGGGACUCUUUCCAGUUUAUGGAAUGGGGCCACCUUUGGCUAGGGAAAGGUCCAUUGCUGAUGGUACAAAUAUAAUUUACAAUACAAACAAAGAUAAUGGCAAUGAUGGUGAUGCUGUUGGUGAUAACGAUGAUGAUGAUAACGAUGAUGAUGAUGAUGAUGGUGUAAAUAGUGCAGAGUACAUUGGCACCAAGUUGAAAAAAAUGGUUACUAAUAGGUCGUUUAGGUCACGAAGAGCAUCUGAUUUGGAGUCAGAGCCAGUAAGAACUAAAAGUCUAAGUGGAAUAUCGCGAAUCAUGUCUAAUCGUCCUACAAAGACCACUUUUGUCCAACCUAUUGAUCCUCCAACACUCAUAAAACCGAAGGAUCUGAAAAAUGCCAAUGACGACGAACUAGAUAUAGCCGAUCUUGAGCCGACUACAAAAUAG